AUGACGGCUCAGCCUUUGCGAGGGGAUCGUGGCAUCCUGGAUCGCCUUCCGGAUCCCCGAGGCAGCUCGGGGGUGCCCCAGCGGGCAUACUGCUGCCUCCGCGAGCUGGGCAGGAUGCUGUUCGGGGUGAAGGACAUCGCCCUGUUGGAGCACGGGUGCAAGGCUCUGGAGGUGGACAGUUACAAGUCCCUGAUGAUCCUGGAUAUCCCGGAAGACUGCGACCACGAGGAAUUCGAAGACAUCAUACGGGCCCCCCUGAGACCUCUGGGCAAGUUCGAAGUGGCUGGGAAGGCCUUUCUGGAAGAAGAGAGGUCCAAGGCAGCCAUCAUCAGGCUGGCGGAGGACAUCAAUUAUGCCGUCAUCCCCAGGGAGAUCAAGGGCAAGGGCGGCCUGUGGAGGGUGGUCUACAUGCCCCGGAAGCAGGACAUUGAAUUCCUGACCAAGCUGAACCUCUUCCUGCAGAGCGAGGGCAGGACGGUGGAGGACGUGGCCCGGGUCCUGAGGCAGGAAUUGUGCCCCGCAGUGACGGGCCCCAGAGAGCCACCUGCCAGAAAGUGCCGCGCGCCCGGGGCCGGGGAGAAGCAGCCCGGGGCUGGGGCCACCGCCGGGGCGGAUGCGGCGCCGCCUCUGGACUCCACGGAGAAGCCGAGCAAGCCUGGAGAUGACAGGAGAGGCAAGAGGAAGCAUAAGAAAAACCGGCGAAGGCACCAUGCAUCUGACAAGCUGUGA